CGUCCAUUGUUCUUGUUUAAAUGAGACACGGCGACCUUUCGAUUUCUAUGAUUUGUCGGAAAUAAACAUAUAAAGCAGCGCACUCUUGUUUGGAAUAUAGCGGGAGUUCUACGAAUGAGUCGAUAAAUCGUUCGUCAAUCAGUUCAGUUAGAAACGUUGCCCUGGUAUCAAGAUAUAUGUAUCUUUGUCUUUCCCAUAGUCGUGCUUUCCCUUUAUCUCUCUCUCUCUCUCUCUCUCUCUUCUUUCUUAAUGGAUUUCGAUUUUAAAGCAGUUUCACUCGUUUCCUCGAGUAAUCCUGUAAAAAGUAGGUUAAACGUCGACGAGUAAAAUUUCUCUCUUUGAAACAAGUGUUUCAAAUGUAGACAUUUAGUUUUAUGCAAGAUCAUGAACGUGUGUUAUUGCUGCAAUAGACCGAUCGCAGAAAGACGCGAUAAUUGCGCCAUGACGACCUUCGCCGAAGAUAAAAUGAGAAGGAAGCUUAGAUUCUUUUUCAUGAAUCCAAUCGAAAAAUGGCAAGCCAAACGAAGAUUCCCGUAUAAGUUCGUCGUACAGGUCAUUAAAAUAGUUUUGGUCACUGUGCAACUUUGCCUAUUUGCUCAUAACAAUUAUAUACAUGUCAAUUACACGUGGGACAACCGUAUUACAUUUUCGCAUCUCUUUUUACGUGGAUGGGACAACACGCAAGAGGUACCUGCCUAUCCCCCUGCGACUGGCCCAUUAGCUCUCUACAAAAAGGAUGAAUUUUUCGACACCAUCGAUUAUGCUCUAAAUGGCUACUAUAAUCUUAAUAAUUCCAUCGGUUCGUAUUCUUACGAUGCUGAGGAUAAUACCGCAGGACCCGUGAAAUUAUGUUUAUACUGGUACAAGGAAAGCAUUAUAUUCGGCUUCAAUGAAAGUUAUGUCUUCGACAAGGAAAUCAUAAAGACUUGCGUGAAUAUAACUAAAGAAUAUCAUAACAACUUUAAUAACUCGAGGAAUAUAUUGUCUACGCAAAAUGUUAUUGUAAAUUUUUCUGCUUUGGUAAGAGCAUAUUUGAAAUUUGCCGUUAAAACUGUUAAUUUAAGAGCUGCCGGACCUAUGACACCACCAGAUUGUUAUCAGUUCGAUAUUAAAAUAAUUUUUGAUAAUCGCGAUCAAGAUGGACAAAUGUUAUUGUCAUUGGAAACUGAACCACAAAGAUUAUAUUGCAAAGGUGAUACCCGGUAUAUAAUGGACAAUCAAAUUGAAUCUGCUUUGAGAACUUUGUUAAAUUUACUCGUGAUAUUUAUCUGUACUAUCUCCCUUGUCCUAUGCUCGAGAGCCAUUUUCAGAGCGCAAUUGCUUAAAUUCGAGACGAUGAAUUUUUUCAAAAAGAAAUACGGAAAAUUAUUGAGUUUCGAAGGUAGAUUGGAAUUUUUGAAUCUCUGGUACAUAAUGAUCAUAAUUAAUGAUCUUCUAAUCAUCAUAGGUUCUGCCGUGAAAGAACAAAUAGAGAGAAAAUAUUUUGGUAGCGAUCAUUGGAACGUAUGCAGUAUAUUUCUAGGUACGGGAAAUUUAUUGGUAUGGUUUGGCGUGUUACGAUAUCUUGGCUUUUUCAAAACGUAUAACGUAGUUAUUUUAACAUUAAAAAAGGCUGCACCUAAAGUAGCUAGGUUUCUUAUAUGUGCUAUAUUGAUAUAUGCCGGGUUCACUUUCUGUGGAUGGUUAAUUUUAGGUCCGUAUCAUAUGAAAUUUAGAUCACUUGCUACAACUUCUGAAUGUCUGUUUGCACUUAUAAACGGUGAUGAUAUGUUUGCGACAUUUUCAAUAACGUCUUUCAAAUCACCAAUGCUUUGGUGGUACUCGAGGAUUUAUUUAUAUACUUUCAUUUCUUUGUACAUUUAUGUCGUUUUAAGUUUAUUUAUUUCUGUGAUAAUGGACGCCUAUGAUACGAUAAAGACUUAUUAUCGAGAUGGCUUUCCAAAGAAUGACCUACAAACAUUUAUAUCCGCUUGUACGGAUGAUGCAUCGAGCGGUCUAUUCAGAGACGAAUGUGAUAAAAAUAAUAUUACAGAACUUAUAGAUAGGUUUUGUUGUUGUCGAAAAAGAUCCUCUUAUGGAUCUUUCUCUGGAUCAACCACAGACGCCUCCACAAAAACCGAACAAGUAUAUGGAGGAGCCAUCUGUAUAUAGUUUGUUAAAGGAUUAUUUUCCCCGUACAAAUUAUGGCUCCACUGCUACGUUAUUAUUAUAAUUAAGCAUUUAGAGAGAAUCAAAGUUUCUUUUUAAAAUAAGAAAAAAGGAAAGUUUGUAAAUUCUUGUGUCCAUUUGCUAGACGAUAAUUCAAUGGUGCUAGCAUUAUGUAAGAUCUUUAAUUACUAUCACAGAAUAGUAGAAAGAAUUAGAACAUUUUGUUUCUAAUAAAAUUGUACCUUUCUCUUUUUUUUUUCAUCUUCUUGUUUUAAUAAUCUCUUGCAUCAUUCAUUAUGGUUUUUAUUCGACAAAGAAUAUAUAGAAGAUCUUCUCUUCUCUUGUAUACGAUAUAAUUAUAUUAAAAAGAUUUAUCUUUCUAACAGACCUAUGCCAUAUUUUUAUGAUGAUGUUUAUAAUAGGAGAAUUAACGUUUUUACGAUAACGUAUUGUAUAUUUUAUUAUUAUGAGACUACCUGCUACGAUAAUUUUUUAAUUCAAACCGUUAAUAUUAUUCUUUUAGUAACAAUGAAAUUCUAAACCUUAAGUAAUUAUUUACUUAAAUUUAUCUGCCAUUACUUUCGAUCGAGUAAGAUCACAAAAAAUAUUAGAAUCAAUUAUUUCGAAAAUGACAAUAAUUAAUGAUUAAAAGUAAAAAAAAAAAAAAAAAAAAAAAAACAAACUCUCUUAAUCAUAAACAAACAUUCAAUUGAUCUAUUGUUACAUGGUAAAUGUAUAAAAAAAAAUUUUAGAUGAUGUAUAAAAAGAAAAGAAAGAAAAAUAAAGCAACUUUAUUUUAUAUAU